AUGAUAUUGAAACAACCAAUUGGGUCUCCUUGUGUUAGUGAUUCAGUAUAUUGGACUGGGACAUCCAAUGGUUCAUACACAGUGAGAAGUGGAUAUUACCGUGCGAUUGAAAUAAGAGAAAGACCUUCUGCUUCUUGUUCGAAGCCAAUAGAUGAUCCUUGUACUCCGGUUUGGACUCAUAUAUGGUCCUUGAGUAUCCUUCCUUCCACGAGGGUUUUUCUUUGGAGUGUAGUCCAUGAAAUAUUGCCUACUAAUUCUUCGCUACAUCAUAGGCAUAUUCUUGAUAACCCGGUUUGUCCAUUGUGUAAGCAGACUAAUGAAAUUAACAACACUCCAUGCACUUUGGGAAUGCCCUGCCGUAAGAGAUGUAUUUUAUGUCAGUCUCCGAAAAUUGCAAAGCUAAACUCAUACUUCAAUGGAUUCUUUGGACAGUUUUGGAAUGAUAUAAGGUGUGUUCUUUCUACUCAAGAAGUAUCUACUUUGGUAAUUACAAUGCGGAUGAUCUGGUUACGGAGAAAUAAGUUUGUACGUGAAGGGAAUUUUAUGCACCCUACACAGGUAGCCUUGAGUGGUAUUCAUACAGUUGAUGAUUUUAUUAAAGCUAAACAAAGCUUGGAUAUCCCUCAGGCUGGUGGAAUAUCGUUAAAUCUAAUUGGGAUGUUGCUUUUCAUACUAAGACUAAUCGAACAGAAAUUAGGUGUAACUGUCCGGACAGCUUUAAUAAAAUGGCGCAGAUCUGCCAAAUAG